UCUUCUCGUUCUUCAUAUAUUUUUUAAAUUCAGUUCUCACUUGACCUCUAAUCCGAGAAGAACAAGCCAAAAAAAAAAAAAAAAACCACAAAAUUCUGAAGCUAAAUUUUGUCUUGCGAUAUCGUUUCAUAGGGAAGGUUCAGAGCAAUGAAUUCGAUUUCUGCUCGCACCCAAAACCCUUUUCGAUCCGCUUCUUUUUCGAUUUUCCCCGCCACUUUCACUUUCAAUCCCCCUUCCCAAUUUCCCUUUCCUCAUUCUCCCGAUUCCACCCUCUAUUCUGCAAAAUUAUCAACCCCUAAUCCCCAUGGUCGUCGCAAUUUCAGGUCGCCUCUCGUUCUCAAGGCUUCCACUACAGCUUACGCCCCAGAGAUUGGAGAAAUUCUCGGCGAUGUUCGCAUUUUCACUGCUGCUGGUGAUCCAGUUCUGUUCAAAGAUCUCUGGGAUCAGAGUGAGGGAAUGGCUGUUGUUGCACUUUUGAGACAUUUUGGAUGCUUUUGCUGUUGGGAAUUUGCUUCCACUUUAAAAGAAUCCAAAGCAAGAUUUGAUUCAUCUGGUGUUAAACUAAUAGCCGUAGGCAUCGGUACUCCAAAUAAAGCACGUAUCCUAGCCGAGCGGUUGCCUUUUCCAAUGGAUUGCCUUUAUGCUGAUCCUGAUAGAAAGGCAUAUGAUUUACUAGGUCUAUACUAUGGCUUUGGUCGUACAUUCUUUAAUCCAGCUAGUGCCAAGGUGUUUUCGAAGUCGAGACUUGAGGCUAUGCGAGAAGCCAUGAAAAACUAUAGUCUUGAAGCUACCCCGGAUGAUAAAAGUAGCGUAUUGCAACAGGGAGGGAUGUUUGUUUUCAAAGGCAAGCAACUGUUGUAUGCUCGAAAAGACGAAGGUACCGGCGAUCAUGCUCCAUUAGAGGACAUCUACAACAUCUGUUGUCGAGUCCCAGCCUGAAGCAACUGCUGUAUGCUUGAAAAGAUGAAGGUACCAGUGACCACACUCCGUUAACAUCUACGACAUCUGUUGUAGUCCCAGCCUGAAUCUUUACUCAUGGUGUUUAGAUAUCUUGAUUGGUAUGUAUGCUUCUUUUAAUCUCUUAGCAAAGCAUGAGCAUAUUAAAAUAUCUGAUAUCUAUGAGCAUGCCAUGUAUCUGUAAAUUGGAACGUUCAAUAUUGAUAUUAAUAAUUAAUCAAUCCCCUCGAUGUCUUUCAUUA